AUUUUUACCUUUUCCUCGAAAGACCCUGAAUGAAAAAAAAAAAAAAAAAAAUCCAACACAAAUCUGUCAAAUUGUACUGUUUCACCUGCUUUUAGCUUUCACACAGCACAGAUCCACUCCUUUUCAAAGGGUACUUGUUUCUUAGCUUCUGGGGUCCAUGAAGAUUUCUGGGUCAUCCUUAUUAACCUGUUUAAUGGUGUCUUGUUCUUGAUAAGCUUUGGCUUUUCUCACUUUUUGGUUCGGUUCUUUGGUUGUUGUCCAAUACCAAAGCUUUGCCCGUUGUCCAAUACCAAAGCUUUGGCCUUUAGGGAUUUCUGGGUCACCCUUAUUAGAGCUGUUUUGAUUGUAAGAUAAUGCAAUCGGGCCAAUCCGAUUACCACAGGAGUCCGUCUACCCAGCGGAUUCAGUCUUUUGGAGUUGCUGAUACCAGAGGAAAGCACAGGAUACAAGCUGAACUCAAACGGUUAGAGCAAGAAGCUAGAUUCUUAGAGGAAGAGCUGGAUCAGCUAGAAAAGAUGGAGAAAGCGUCAGCCGCAUGCAAGGAAUUGUUGAGUAAUGUGGAAAGCGGACCCGAUCCACUACUCCCAGUAACACUUGGCCCUCUAAAUGCAUCAUGGGAUAUCUGGUUCGAAGGCCCUAAGGAUGCCCAGGGUUGCAGAUGCUGGAGGUUGUGAUGAUUACCGAUUUGAAGUUUAGAAAACCAUUAUCUUUCGUUUCAAGCGGCCUCAACUUGCAGAAUGUUGGAUAGUUUGGGUUGACGUAGUCACCAUCGUUCACAAGAUGUUUGCUGGAAAUGCAUCAUUGUGCAGAAAAGUUUAUAGCACCAUUUUCGGUCC